AUGCAGAAAAAAACCCGUCUAGGGAGCUCCUACUUAGUUCACAUUUACGAUCCCUUUCUGUACCUUGUUAUUGAUUAUGUCCUAGAGGUGAGGGAAACGAGGGAUCUUACGGGUGAAUCUGUUUCAAGACCGAACCAGCAAGGGACUAGAACUGAACACCCACACCCAGCUCGCUCAAAAAGAAGGCGCACUUCUUCCAUCAAGGCUGCCUCCAAAGUAGUUUUAAAGACUUCAACAUAUCCCAACAAGAGGAAUGUUGCGUAUGGUACAAUUCGGAGUAAUGAUCCAAGAACUAAGGUUGGUGGUAUUGAGUUAGGUGUUGAAUUUGCCCUUGUGCGCAUAGAUCAACCUAUAGUUGAUAAUGAGGAGUUGGUAAGGGAAGUUUCUGAUUGCAAGACAUUUAGUGAGGCUUUCACUUCAUGA